CAGGCAGGCACAUGACUCCAAAGCACUGCAACAGAUCGCAAUCAGCCCACCGAUUACACAAAAGCUAAGUUAAAGGCACGUGUAACAUAGGGCUCUGGUUUCCUUGACAACGAACCUGACCAGCUUGCUGCAAAGUCCAUUCUCUCUCUCUCUCUCUCUCACUCGCUCAACUUCUCAGAAGUGUGUCCAUCUCACCUCUGAAAUCCACAGGUCAGCUAUGCAUCUCGCUCCGCAGGACCAAAAGGUAGACAUUGUGUUAAGAAACCAGGGUGCCACAGGCUCCACUUUCAAAAUUUCAGAUGGCAGCCACAGCCCUGAAAAGACUGUCAUUGUUGAGCCGCGUACCGACAGUUUAGAAGAGGUACUGGACCGAAGGCCCGAAGGCAAUCUUAUCUACUCUAUCAAUGAUCGGCCACCCUGGUACCUCUGCGUUCUUCUAGGUUUCCAGCAUUACAUACUGGCAUUUGGGGGCAUCCUGGCAAUUCCUCUCAUCCUAGCCGAGCCAUUGUGCAUCAGUGAAAACAAUGCUGCCAAGAGCCAGCUCAUCUCCACCAUCUUCUUUGUCUCAGGCCUGUGCACUGUGCUACAGACCACAAUCGGGACCAGAUUGCCAAUUCUGCAAGGGGGAACUUUUACUUUCAUCACCCCCACCUUGGCUAUCCUCGCCUUACCCAAAUGGAGAUGCCCAGAAAUUAGUGCCACCACUUACCCUAAUACCACGGAUUUUCCUGCCCUCCUCAUAGACAGCGAUGAGGUGUGGAAAGUCCGCAUCCGUGAGAUCCAGGGGGCCAUCCUAGUGGCCUCAAUCCUUCAACUUGUCCUAGGACUGUCAGGUCUCGUGGGGCUGGUGCUGAAGUUCAUCGGGCCGCUGGCCAUUGCUCCCACUAUCAACCUCAUCGGACUUUCUCUCUUCAUCCAGUCCGGGAAAAAGUCAGGAGCUCACUGGGGAAUAGCUGCUCUAACUGUUUGCCUCAUUCUUCUAUUCUCCCAGUAUCUGAGCAAAGUCAAUGUUCCUCUCAUUGCUUAUAAGGACAAGACGUGGAAAGUGUUUCAGUACCCUCUCUUCAAACUCUUUUCUGCUUUAUUUGGAAUCUGUGGAGCCUGGCUUGUUUGCUUCUUACUGACAUAUUUCGAUGCCCUGCCCUCCUCCCCAAAUGAGUAUGGCUACAUGGCCAGGACGGACAUCAAUCUCGAUGCAGUAGCAAGCGCUGCAUGGUUCUAUGUACCUUAUCCAGGUCAGUGGGGUUUACCUACAGUGAGUUUAUCGUCUGUGCUGGGCAUGAUGGCUGGGGUUCUGGCCUCCACCAUGGAGUCCAUAGGAGACUAUUAUGCCUGUGCCCGUCUCUCUGGUGCACCUCCACCACCCACGCAUGCUAUAAACCGUGGCAUUGCAGUGGAAGGCAUUGGCUGCAUUUUAGCCGCCCUGUGGGGCAGUGGCAAUGGCACUACUUCCUACAGUCAGAAUAUUGCCGCUCUAGGAAUUACAAGGGUUGGAAGCAGAUUGGUACUUCAGACCGCCGGACUUCUUAUGAUUAUCUUUGGGCUCUUUGGUAAAAUCAGUGCAGUCUUUAUAACUAUUCCAGACCCGGUCAUUGGUGGAAUGUUCCUAGUCAUGUUUGGGAUGAUAGCGGCAGUGGGAAUCUCCAAUCUGCAGUAUGUGGACUUGAACUCUUCCAGGAAUCUCCUGAUUUUUGGUUUCUCAACAUUCAGUGGCCUUGUGCUUCCAACCUGGUUUCAUUCAAACCCAGACAUGAUCAAUACAGGCAUAAAAGAGCUGGAUCAGCUUAUUAUGAUCCUCUUCACCACCCACAUGUUCAUUGGUGGAUUCUUUGGGUUUGUUUUGGACAACACAAUACCAGGAACAGAGGAAGAAAGAGGACUAAAGAAAUGGAGGAAGGUUCAUGAAGGGGCCCAAACAUAUUUCACUGAUCAUUCCUGCUACAAUCUGCCUUUCUGCACAAACUUUGUUCAGAGGUUCAAACUGCUCCAGUACCUCCCAUUUCUCCCAUCACUUAAAUCACAGGAACAGACUACACACCUGUAGUACUGUAUUCCUUCCUGUGGUUAGACUUGGUUUUUCAAUGGCACAUUUCAGGCAGGAGGUGACCAUCAUUCAGGCCUUACACCUUGGUGAGGCAGGGUGGGCCGAGCUCGUGAUUAAAUUAUCACAAAAUUGCUAUUGUAGCUGAUGUCACCAUAUACAUUUUUAAACAGCUCCGUUUUGCUAAGUAAUGUACAUAAUGGUUCCUUAAAGAAUGUUUUAAUACAAAAGGGACUGUUUAUAUGUCGGAAAUACUUUUCUGGAGAACCAGUCUGGCCAUUCUCCGUUGACCUCUCUCAUCAACAAGGUAUUUCCAUCCGCAGAACUGCCACUCACUGGAUUUAGUUUUUGGCACCAUUCUGAGUAAACUCUAGAGCAGGGGUCGGCAACCUGUGGCAUGCGUGCCAGUAUUGGCACGUGGAGGGGUAAUCACUGGCAUGCCAGCAUUUUUAAAGACAAUGUGUGCCAAAAAUAAAUGCAAUUAUUUCCUUUCAAGUACAAUUUUUAUACAUUUUUAAAAGUUCUUUGAAUAAUGUUAGGUAAUUUUUUAUUUAAUUUUUAGGUAGCAACUCAUGAUUACAUGUGUAACUAAAAUAAAACUCUUAUUCACUCAAAUAUUUGAGUUCAUUUGAGAACUGUGGUCUUUAGGAAAGCCUUCAGGUGUACAGUA